CCCGACGCGCCAUGUUCGCCACCGCGAAGACCACCUCGUUCGCCACCGGCGUCGCCGUGCGCGCGCCGCGCUCGACGCGCGCGCGACGCGAACGCGCGAUGAAGACGAACGCGAAGUACGGCGAUGAGUCGGUGUACUUCGAUCUGUCCGACGUCGAGGCGACGACGGGGUCGUGGGACGUCUACGGCGUCGACGCGUCGAGCCGAUACCCGGAUCAACAGGCGGCGUUUUUCGAAUACGCGGCGCAAGGCUUGGGCCGACGCGAGGCCGUGUACUCGCUCUUGGCCGUUUCCGCGGGUUUGUUGACCGUCGGGUACGGCGUGAAGGGGGCGAAGGACGCCAAGCUUCCGAUCACGGUCGGCCCGCAGCAACCGGCCGUCGUCGGGCCGCGCGACCGCAUCUGAGCGGGGCGAGGCGCGAGCGCGCGCGAGCGGAGGCGGUCUUUCGAGAUCGACGACGCGAGCGAGGCGCCAUCUAACACUAGUAGAAAUGUGAUGAUGAAGAAGUCCACAUGACCAACGAAC